AUGGCGAAGAAGCUUUUUUUAUGCAUCGAUUGUUUGGGAUCUGAGCAGACGUCAGUGGCAUGUCCAUCAUGGUGUACAUGUCAAUCAUGUAAGAAACAGCAUCUUACACUACUGCACUUCCCGGAUGAUACAACCACGAGUGACACUGUUCUGUCAGCAGAAACCGAUGUUCACUGCUACCAAAAGAUAUCAGUCGAUCUUACUUUCAACAUUACUCGUCAGUGUCCCAUCAGUCGAAAACCAGAAACAUACAUUGCGAGCACUAUUGGAUCCUGGAUACCAGGUCAGUUUUAUCACGAAGCAGUGUGCCGAUCACCUCUCAGUUACCCAGAUAACCACAAAAUUCAGCUUGUUCUCAGGCACAUCGGUUAA